AUGAUGAAAAUCGACACACUGGAGGAAUUCUCUGCCUCCGCCGAUCACGCAAUCGUGAAAGGGAAGCGCAGCAAGCGGCCUCGGCCCACCUCCUCCGCCGAGUCCCACACUUUCUUCCACCAUUCGUCUCCGGCCACUUCGAGCAGCAGGGAGGAAGAUGAGGACAUGGCCAAUUGCUUGAUUCUCCUGGCGCGCGGCCAUUCGCCGGCGCCGGAGACUAAAUCUGCAAGGGUCGGCAUCUACGUUUAUGAGUGCAAAACCUGCAACAGGACCUUCCCCUCGUUUCAGGCCUUGGGAGGCCACCGGGCCAGCCACAAAAGGCCCAAGCCCGCCAUCGAAGACGAUCAGAAAAAUCAGCCGCCGCCGCCGCCGCCGCCUCCGGAUGAACAGCUCACUAAACCACUCAAUUCGAACAAAAUCUGCCAAACUAAUGAUCAGAUCAGGCCAAAAAUCCACGAGUGUUCUAUCUGCGGGUCGGAGUUCGGGUCGGGUCAGGCCCUGGGUGGCCAUAUGAGGCGGCACAGGGCGCCGCCGCCUCAGCCGCCGCCGCAGAUUGAUAUUACGACGGAAGAUGGUGUUGAGAAACACAGAAGCGCGCUGGCGCUGGAUUUGGAUCUCAACCUGCCGGCGCCGCCGGAAGAUGAUAAAUUCGAUCAGUUUCCGGCCGAGCAGAAGCCACGUAUGGUCUUCUCCACGGCGGCGCUGGUGGAUUGCCACUACUAG